AGGAGUUCAACCCGAGAGAGAGAGACAGAGAGAGAGAUUUUGAGUGCAAUAGCAUACCAAAUCUUUACGGCAAUGGAAUCCUCCACCGGCAAGGACUUCAAGAUCGGCGAGUGCCAAGGCCAGAAGGUGGUCGACGGCGAGGUGAUGCCCCUCGUCCUACUCCCGCCGGAGCCCGCCAAAGCUGACACCGAGUCCCUUGUCGCAACUCUGAAGAAGAACCCGGAAUGGUUCGAACAGAUGAUCAUCAAGAACAGCGCAGUUCUGCUCCGCGGCUUCGACGUGAAGAACGCCGAGGACUUCAACGAGAUCGUCGAGGCUUGCGGGUGGGAGGACAUGCGCUACUUCGGGCCCGCGCCGAGGACUAACAUCUACAAGCGGGUUUGGACAGCGAACGAGGGCCCGCUGUCGGAGUUCUUAUUCUACCACCAUGAGAUGAUUCUGUUCAAGGAAAACCCCAAGAAGGUGAUACUAUUCUGCGAAGUGCCGCCACCGGAGGGCGGGGAGACACCAUUUGUGCCAAGCUUCCGGGUGACGGAGCGGAUGCUAGAGGAGUUCCCGAAGGAAGUGGAGGAAAUGGAGAAGAAGGGGCUGAUGUACACCUUCACAGCCUCGAGCACGAAUAACACUUCCUCCAUAAUAGGCCGCGGCUGGCAGGAUGCUUUCGGCACCCUUGACCCAGCCGAAGCUGAGAGAUGGGUUAAGGCCACGGGAAUGGACGUGGAAUGGCUGCCCGACGGUGGACUGAAGACGAUCAUCUGCCCACGAACCCUCACGAGGGUGUUCGAGGGGAGAAAAGGGAGGAGGAUGUGGUACAACGCGGUGGUGGGGAUGCACGGGAAGGAGAUCAGCUCGGCUACGAUGGCCGAUGGGACCGAGAUCCCGGACCACGUGGUGAAGCGAUGCGGCGAGAUCCUCGAGGAGGAGAGCAUCCAAUUCAAGUGGGAGAAGGGCGACGUCCUCUUCUUCGACAACAUGGCCUUGCUCCAUGGACGCAGGCCAUCGCUCCCGCCAAGGAAAGUGCUGGCGGCUACUUGCAAGUGAUUUGGUCCCGAGCCUAUCGUGUUUUCGAAAGCUCUGAAACAGGUUAUAUGGAGCCAAGAAGAAGUGGAAUAUGAAUAAACGUUGAUUUAGUUUUAAGCGUUAUCCCAUAUGUAAUCAUGGCAGCGAUCCGCCGCCACCGUGUCAGCGAGUUCCCAUGUUGUCGUUCCUCCUCUGCAACUCGGCGGGGGAGGUCGUGACGUCGGGCGGCCUCAAACCCAUGGUCAAGGACUGCCGACAUGAGGUCUUCUACUUAUAAGUGAAUUUUUACUUUAUGAAAUACCCCAUUGCUGGUCGCUU